AACAUACAAAAAUCAAAACUUUAAGCAAGAAAUUAGAAAACCCGGCCGGCGCCAAAAAUUACCCCCUACAUCGAGAGAGAGCGAGAGAGAGCGAGAGAGAGAGAGAGAGAGGUGGAGAGAGAGAGAGAGAGGGCUUUGAUCCGAAAAGUGAUGAUAAUUUGGAUCUGGGUAGUUAAAGAAAGGUGUAGUCUUUAAGUGAGCAAGAAGAAAAGAUGAGUGGAGCUAGAUUGUGUAGAUUGUUGAGUGAACUGGGCUACCAAGAAGACUCAAAAGGAGGUGUAGUUGACCCAGAUAGUCUUGAAUGGCCUUUUCAGUAUGAUGAAGCUCGUCCAAUUCUUGAUUGGCUUUGCUCUAGUCUUCGCCCUUCUAAUGUUCUUUCCCCUUCUGAGCUCAAUCAAUAUGAGCAAUUUUUACAACAAGGGAAAAUGCUGGAGGGGGAAGACCUAGAUUUUGCUUAUGAAAGCAUUGCAGCCUUUUCGACAAGGAGAGACAAUCAGGAGGCUGUUUUCGGAGCUGAAGAAGGUGUGAAAGACAUAAGGGACGCUACAUCUGCGCUUAAAGCUGAAGCGCUGGAUUUGCAGAGACAACUGAAGCAUCUGCAAUCUCAAUAUGAUAUGCUCUCUGGGCAGGCCUCAACUUUAAUACAAGGAAGAAGGGCACGGGUGGCAGCUACGUCUACUGUAAAUGGACAACUAACUAACAUUGAUGACAGCCUUUCAGCAAGAAAUUUGGAGAUGAAUGCAGUUCUUGGAAGAAUUGCCUCAACAACUCAAGAGUUGUCUCACUAUCAUUCAGGGGAAGAAAAUGGCAUAUACUUAUCUUAUUCUGAUUUUCAUCCAUACUUGCUCGUGGAUACGUCAUAUGUGAAAGAGCUGAAUCAAUGGUUUACUAAGAAACUAGAUACGGGUCCUUUCCGGUUAGUGGCUGAAGAGGGUAAAUCUAAAUGUUCCAGAGUGAGCCUUGAUGACAUCUCAAAUACUUUAGUACAAGCAGAUAUGGAAAAAUCACAUCAUCAGCGUGUAUCUGAAUUGCAAAGGCUUCGCUCCAUAUUUGGAACAAGUGAAAGACAGUGGGUGGAAGCACAAGUUCAAAAUGCCAAGCAGCAAGCUAUCCUCACAGCCUUGAAAGCUCAAGUAACAUCAGAUGAAGCCCACAUUCAUCUUGAUAUUCAUUCUCUUAGGAGAAAGCAUGCUGAAUUGUCUGGAGAAAUCACAAACCUGUAUCACAAAGAAGAAAAGUUGUUGUCUGAGACAAUACCUGAUCUUUGUUGGGAACUGGCUCAGCUGCAAGACACAUAUAUCCUGCAAGGUGAUUACGAUUUGAAGGUCAUGCGCCAAGAAUACUACAUUAAUCGGCAAAAAGCGUUUAUUGGUCAUCUGACUAAUCAGCUGGCAAGACAUCAGUUUCUGAAAAUAGCAUGUCAGUUGGAAAAGAAGACCAUGCUUGGGGCGUUUUCACUUCUUAAAGUAAUUGAAAUGGAGCUGCAAGGAUACCUGUCAGCAACAAAGGGUCGUGUGGGGCGAUGCAUGGCAUUGAUUCAAGCAGCAUCUGAUGUACAAGAACAAGGGGCAGUGGAUGAUCGAGAUACAUUUCUGCAUGGUGUUAGGGAUCUUCUUAGUAUUCAUUCAAAUGCUCAAGCGAGCCUAUCAACAUAUGUAUCAGCUCCCGGCAUUGCCCAGCAGAUAUCUGGACUUCAUUCAGACCUGAUGAUUUUGCAGUCUGACCUCGAACAUGCCCUUCCUGAAGACAGAAACCGAUGUAUUAAUGAGCUAUGCACCCUUAUUCAAAGUCUGCAGCAACUGCUAUUUGCAUCAUCCACAACUGCACAGCCGAAUCUGUCACCUCGGAUUUUAAUGAAAGAGCUAAAUGAGAUGGAAAAGGUAAAUGCAAAACUAUCUGCUGCAGUAGAGGAAGUGACACUUGAGCAUUGCAAAAAGAGUGAGAUUGUAAAGCAUCAUUCUCAAGAAAUGGCACUUCAGAGACGCGUUUUUGUUGAUUUCUUCUGCAAUCCGGACCGACUCAGAAAUCAAGUUCGGGAGCUUACUGCACGAGUCAGAGCACUGCAAGCAUCUUAACCGUUCACAUUAUCAGUUUCUUAUCCAGGCUUUUCCGCAAAAUGAAAAUCUUUAGCUCGUCGUGGUUCAUUACUUCAUUCACCAAAUAUGUUUUCGGUUAGUGUUGUAAAAUAUGUCUUGCCUUCCUGGGAAAUUCAUCCAUCUUGAUAUGUAUAGUUAAUUUGUUAAUGUGAAUCUCCUGUCUUGACUUUGACUUUUCUUUUUA